AUGAUCGUGACGAAAUAUUCCGGAACUAUUGGUAAUUCUCUCGUCAUCACUGCUAUCAUCCGAAACAAAAAAUUACAAACUGCCACCAAUUUCUUCAUCGCUGCUUUAGCGAUCGCUGAUCUUUUAGUCAGUAUUAUUCUUGUUCCUAUGCGAGCUUCUCAGCAUAUCAGUCUGGCUUCUAGGAAAACGGCACAGAUUUCUCCUGCUGCUGUUCAAGUUGCUGGCUUCCUCGGAAGGGUGAACAUUGUCGCUUCGAUUUCUUGUCUUUGUGCCUUGAGUAUAGAUCGUUGUGUAGCCCUUACAUAUCCAGUCAGAUACAUCACCUCAUUCAAGCAUGCYAAAGGRAAGGUCUUGAUCAUCAUCGCAGUUGUAUGGGCUGCUGCGAUCUUUAUAACCAGUGUACCCAAAUUCCCUGGAGUGAGCGAUAAACCUUUCUUGAUUUUCUUCGUCGUUUUUGUGUUGACAGCAACAGUCGUGAUAGGAGUAGCAUACUAUAAGAUUUUCAAAAUAGCCAAGGCGGCGAGCCAGCGUAGAAACAAAACAGCGAACAACGUUAUUCGUUUCUCCAUCUCGACAGCGAUGGACCCACGGCUGAAAGAAGCUGCUGACGUUCAAAGCAAGAAAGAAGACGACCAAGCACAGAAACAAGAACACAAGGCAGCUAAAACCAUCGGUAUGGUCAUCGCAGCUUUCAUCAUUCUGGUCUAUCCGCGUAUUAUAUUGAUUCUCUACCACUUUGCAGUGCCUUCGUCAGUUUCGAGUCGUCAUGCGAGGUUUUGGAUUCGCAUUCUCCUUUACAGUAAUUCUUCCAUAAAUCCUGCUCUUUAUGCUUGGAGACAUAAAGACUUCAGAAGAGAAUUCAUUAAAAUUCUUCGCUCAUUGGUAGCUUUUUUCUCCUGUCAAGGGCACCGAGAAAACUGGGAAACAAAGCCCCGAAGUGCUUCCAAGGCAACCAUGUCCACAAGUAUUUAGUGGCGGGAAUAAA